GUCUUGAGUUUGGGGAACAAGGCACACUUUAUGCGUACCUCAACGUCAACCUGAGUGCUAGCUAACAGCUACCGUACCUUGCCGGCCGGCGAUGACGAUGACAGUGGCGGUGGCCAUCAAAGGCGGCGGCGGCAGCCUCGGAGAGAGCGGAAGCCGUUGGGCUGUCCAGUGGGCGGUGGAAAAUCUCAUGCCUGACGCCAACCGUUUCAUCCUGAUUCACGUCGUGCCUCGCAUCAGUACUUCAAUUCCUACUCCAUCUGGAGACACUAUCCCUAUAGAGCAACUGGAUGCCCAUGAGGUGGAAACGUAUAAGCAGGACGCAAAACUUGCUUUUCAGGAUAUAUUUUUACCAUUUACGAAACUAUGCAAAAGAAAAGGGAUUGAAACUUUGGUACUGGAAGGUGACAAUCCUGCAUCAGCACUUCUUAAAUAUGUUACUGACUUCGGUGUUAGUAGUUUAGUGUUGGGCUCUUGUACUUCCAGUUUUAUCACGAGGAAGGUAAAAGAUUCUUCCGUGACAUUAGCAGUCCAAAAAAAUGCUCCUGAAUCUUGCAAAAUUUACGUUGUGCCCAUACACAAGCUCCUCAACCCUCCUGCCACCCCCUUGUCAAUUCAUGAGAACGUCUCUAGACACGGGUCCUUCGACCAGAGAGGCAGCAGUUCUCUUCCCAACUAUAAGAUAUAUGGCGACCAUUAUUCUUCCUUGGUGGAUUGGGAAGAUAAUGACAUAGCCUCAUUUGUGUCAGAACCUAGUGAUCACUUGAAUUCUAUAGCAAUUGAGGCAAUGAAUGAAUGUUCUUCUGUGGCUUCUACUGAAACAAAGCAGUCGGAUGUGCAACCUAAUGUAGAACAACUGGGUCUAGAAUUUACGAACACUGUUGGCAUGUACAAUCAAGCUCUUGAGGACCUUGUCCACGGGCAAGAUGAGGUUCCCUUUCUUUCUUCUAAAUCCCUUGAAGAAGCAAGACAAGUAAAUGCUGCCUUGAAAAGAGAAGAAGUUUAUAAGAAAAUCGCUGCAGAAGAGAAAAGCAUGCAUUCGGAAGCCAUGAAGGAGAUUGAGACGGCAAGAAAUCUGUUCCCUAAAGAGGCUUAUGAAAGGCACAUAGCAGAAAUGAAAGAUCUCAAGGAAUCAAUGGAGAAAAAGAAAAUUAUGGAUCCACACUUGUCGAAUGAGAGAAGGUACAAAACGUACACAAGGGACGAAAUCGAGAUGGCCACUGAUUCCUUUUCUGAGACUAAGAUGAUUGGUGAAGGAUCAUUUUGGAACGUUUACAGAUGCGACCUCAAUCAAACCCCGGUAGCUGUCAAAGUUCUGCAUUCUUAUGCAUCGGAGAAGAAAAAGAAAUUUCUGUCACAGGUUGAAGUUCUUAGCCAGUUACGCCACCCACACAUUGUUUUACUGCUUGGAGCUUGUCCAGAGACUGGUUGCUUAGCGUACGAAUAUAUGGAGAAUGGAAGCCUAGAAGAUAUUCCUUCCCACCAAAGCAGCAGGGAUCCUCUUCCUUGGUUUGUUCGAUUCCGGAUAGCUUUUGAAGUAGCUUGUGGACUUGCAUUCUUACACAACUCAAAACCGAACCCUAUAAUUCAUCGAGAUCUAAAACCAGGGAAUAUAUUUCUAGACAGAAAUUAUGUUAGCAAAAUUGGUGACGUGGGAUUGGCUAAACUCGUUUCAGAUGUUGGCCCUGACAGUAUUACAGAAUAUGGGGACUCCACUAUAUUUGGUACUCUUUACUAUGUGGAUCCAGAGUAUCAAAGAACGGGAACCGUCCGACCUAAAUCUGAUCUAUAUGCUUUUGGAAUCAUUGUCCUCCAAUUGCUGGCUGCACAGCAUCCAAAUGGGCUUUUGUUGAAAUUUGAAAAUGCUCUUUCCAAUGGUUCGCUCCUUGAUAUACUGGACAAGUCUAUACCGGAUUGGCCACUUGCUGAAGCAGAGGUUUUGGCUCAGAUGGCCCUGAAAUGCUCCAGACUAAGAUGCAGAGAUAGGCCAGAUCUUGAAACUGAAGUGUUGCCGCUUUUGAAGAAACUUGCUAAUAUGGCAAAUGCUACUCCAAGGGUACAGAGCAAUAGUAUUCAUGCACCUAACGAAUACUUCUGCCCGAUACUUAAGGAAGUAAUGGAGGAUCCAUACAUUGCCGCUGAUGGUUUUACAUACGAGCACAGAGCAAUCAAAGCAUGGCUUGAUCGACAUAGUCUUUCGCCGGUAACAAAGCUUAGGCUCCAGCAUAAAGUGCUUAUCCAAAAUCACACAUUGCGUCGCGCCAUUGAGGAUUGGAGGUCACGCAUAACAUCCUCAUCUGGUUAAGUAUUCAUAGUCUGCAGUUGCUGUGCAUAAAUCAAAGCUAGCACUUUAUUCCACAAAGAGAGUUUCGAGUGAAGAAUUUUCUAUGUAGAUAAUUGCGACUUAAGGUUUUGUGACUCACAGAAAGAACCUAUUGCGAUGAUUAUUCAACCUCAACUAUGUGGAAGUGUACGUUCCGUAUCUUCAUCUGCAAUCUUUCUACAUGGAUUUGAAAUACAAUCAGCCAUGUAUUUUGGGCUUUUCUUAA